CUCAGAGCAGCAUUAUUUACAAGUACCCCCAAACUGGAAACAACUUUAACUUCCAUCAGUGGUAGAGUACUAAAAAUAAUUAUGGUGGAUUCACACAAUAGAAUACUAUACAGCAAGGAAAAUGAAGAAACUCUGGUUAAUGCAACAACAUACGGAUUCUCACGAGCAUACUGUGCAGCAAAAGAAAGCAGAUGCGCUCUUUCACCAAGGACCCGCCAACAUGGGCCAUGUUCACACCAAAAUCAUGAAGAAGGCGGCCCGGGUCAUCAUAGAAAAGUACUACCCGUGCCUGGGCAACAACUUCCACAUGAACAAGCACGUGUGUGAGGAGAUCACCAUUAUCCCCAGCAAGAAACUCCACAACAAGACAGCGGGCUAUGUCACACAUCUGAUGAAACAGAUUCAGAGAGACCUGGUCAGAGGUAGCUCCAUCAAGCUGCAGGAGGAGGAAAGAGAAAGGAGAGACAAUUAUGUUCCUGAUGUCUCAGUCCUGGAUCAGGAGAUCAUUGACGUAGAUCCUGACACUAAGAAAAUGCUGAAGCUUUUGAAUUUCGGCAGUCUGUCCAAACUGCGGGUCACUCAGCCUCCAGUUGGGAUGAAUUUCAAAACGCCUCGGGGACCUGUUUGAAUGUUUUUUGUAAUGCUGUAUUAUUUUCAAUAAACCUGGGACAACAA